AGUGAGGUUAGAAUUUAGUGAAAACAAACCACAAGAAAAAUGCAGAAAGAAGAUGCAGCCCUAGGAGAGGAUAACGUUUUCAAUGACGAUGUUAUAAUAGAGUUAGCAAAAUCAAAACCGAAUGGCAUUUCAAAUAUUGAUAUUAAAAAUGAAAUCCCCGAUGUGUUGCCCGAAAUUUGGACCAAAAGUAUCAAUAAGUUAUUAAAAUCUGGAACAUUAGAAUUAUUUAAGGAUAAGGGUACUCUUUUGUAUAAAUACAAGGAUCCAUCGACAAAAACCGAAGUAAAAGGUUCGGAUAAUGAAGAGAAAGUGGUCUACAAAAUCAUAGAAGAAGCUGGUAAUAAAGGAAUAUGGAUUCGAGAUAUAAGAUUCAAAUCGAACUUAAAUAUGACGCAACUUAACAAAGUCCUCAAGAGCUUAGAAACAAAGAAGUAUAUUAAGGCAGUGAAAUCCGUUGCAGCUAGCAAAAAGAAAGUUUACAUGCUGUACAACUUGGAACCGGACAGUUCAGUAACAGGUGGCGCUUGGUACCAAGACCAAGAUUUCGAAUCAGAAUUUGUUGAUGUAUUAAAUCAGCAGUGCUACAGAUUUUUAGAAGGGAAACGGGACGCGGCUAUCAAAUUAGGUGGAGGACCAUUGAUGUGCAGAAAUCGUAGUUAUGUUACUGCCACCGAUGUGCACAAAUUUAUUUCUGAAUUAGGAAUUAGUAAAGUUCAGUUGUCAGUAGACGAUAUUGAAAGUAUUUUGUACACAGUUGUAUUAGAUAAUAAGGCGGAACGAACCGUUAAUCCGAAUGGUGAGUAUUUGUACAGGGCAAUAAAUCCAUUUUUGAAAUCCCCCGGUAUUGUUCGAACUACGUGCGGAAUUUGCCCAAUUGUUGAAAGAUGUGGUGAUGCUGGCCUAAUAAAUCCUAAAUCUUGUAAAUAUCUCACUGAGUGGUUGAAUGAUUAAAAUAUAAUGGUCCUGUAUGUGU